CGUUCUUUAUCUAUUCGCAGCAACAUGUCGUCUUCUGAUGAUGAUCUGAUUGCUUUAGAGUCGAUUUCUACCAAAGUAAGAAGGAAAAGGGUUGGAAUACAUUCUAUUAAUCGUGAAAGAAUAACUUAUGGGGAAUACCAUCAUUUAUUUCCAAGCUUGAAGAAAGAUGAUAAAAGAUUCUUCCAGUAUAUGAGAAUGAGCCAGGACACAUUCAAUUAUAUUUUGGAGAAAGUUGGAAAUCGUCUAACCAAAAAUUGGUGUAAUCUGCAUAAGCAACCUAUAUUACCAGAAGAAAGGCUUGUUAUAACUUUAAGAUAUCUAGCAACUGGAUCAUCAUUCAAACAAAUUGGAUUUUCGUUUAGACUUGGCGCUUCAACCGUAGGACAAAUAGUUCAAGAAACAGUUUGUAUAAUAUGGGAUGUACUACAGCCUAUUCAUAUGCCAACUCCGAAGAAACAAGAUUUUCAAAGGAUAUCAGAAGAAUUUAAUAAUAUUUGGAAUUUUCCACACUGUAUUGGAGCCAUUGACGGCAAACACGUUCGCAUUGUUUGUCCUAAAAAUUCAGGAUCAAUGUUUUAUAACUAUAAGCACUACUUUUCUGUUGUUGUACAGGGCGUAGCGGACGCUAAUUACAAAUUUAUUGUUGUAGAAAUUGGCGGUUACGGUAAACAAAGUGACGGCGGUACAUUUCAGGCCUCCGAACUAUAUCGUCAAUUAAAAAAUGGCACACUAGCAAUUCCGGAACCAUGCAAUUUUCCGCAAACAAAAACCAAGGCGCCUUUUGUACUAAUAAGUGACGAGGCAUAUCCACUCCUGCCUUUCCUCUUGAAACCUUUUGGUGGAAGAAAUUUGAGUAUUGAGGAGGAAUGUUUUAAUAAACGCCUAUCUCGUGCUAGAAAAACCAUAGAAUGUACAUUUGGUAUAAUCACUGCAAAAUGGCGUAUACUUUCAAAAUGUAUUGAAACCAAUAUUACUACAGCUGACAAUAUUAUUAAAUGUAUUUGCAUUCUACAUAACACAAUUAUUGAUAAGGAAGGUUUCGAAAGACAUCUUAGUGAAGUAUCUGUCGAAAAUUGCACAGAAACUACAGGUAAAAAAGCGACGGGAAGACCUCUGAAUGACGCUAAAAAUAUUCGCGAUAUUUUUGUAACAUAUUUUGCUCACAAUACUUUGUCAUACAAAACCUAGAUUAAGCUUUUCAAAUAAUACUGCAAUAUAAUGUAAAUAAUAUUACUACAAAUACACCUAGGUACUUACCAUCCUGUUUUAUUUCAAUGCUUAUUUCCUUCCAGUAUCUGUCAACCACAUUGCGAUUGCUAUGUAGCUUAUCCCUCUUGUUCCAAAUAGCUGUUCUUUCAAACACCGCAGCAAUAAGCAAUUCUUUAUCCAUCACAAUAUACUACUCACUCGCGCGACAAAAGCCGAAAUAAACUAAAUUUUGAAUACCGUGAGCACCUGCGAGCAGGUUAUCCGCGCGGACCUGCUGCAACCUGUUUUCACUGUGUGUACGUUCAUAUGAAUACACGUGAUAAUUCUUAAAGCGAUAAACGCGAGAUGGCGCAGGUUACCGGUAAGCGAGAAUCUCGCGUGCACUGUGUUCUUAC